UUGCAUGGUGCACUCAUGUGAACUUUUGGUAAAACAAUAGAUGUCUGUAUUUCCUUUUCAUUUUUGUAUGUUGAUUAGAUUAUAAUUCAUGUCAUUUAUUACCUUUGUCAGACAACGUUAUGUUACAUUAGCUGUCAUACAAAAAGAAUUCAGCUCGUACCAAUAGGGCCGCAAAACAUUCAUUUACGAUCAAUUAAAAAUACCAAUAAUUCUAUAUUUCACAAGUGUGUUUUUGCGAGGCUCCCUUUAACUGAAAUCCCAAAAAUCUAUGUGUGGCUCCUUCAACGGCAUCAUAUUUUCAAAAAUGUUUCUUCUUGUGUUUGUUUGUUGUUUUCCGCCCCAGAGCCCCGCACAGAUCCGCAAUCGCAACUCAUAAAUGUUUGAUAAGCCUCUAACGACGACGAGGUGAAGAGACCGAAUCAAUCGCAUCGUCAACACAAACACGCCCGCUGAGGCUCCGCCGUGCCUCGUUAGCAACUCCUAAAACAGCAACUUUAGACAAUAUAGACAAAAAUAUAGUGGGACACUUUGAUUGCAUCAAAAGUGAAAAAUUGAUUCCCAAUGUUUGCAAACCACUUCCUGGUUCGGGGGUAGCACCAUUUUAUUCCGAAUAGUUGGAGGAAUUUCUGCUAUACAUUACAUUUGCAUUUUUAAAUGUCUGAUUUGUGCUGGUUGCAUGUGUUGUGCUUGUUGUCUGCGUGAUGCCUUCAAGGACAUGUUUGCACCGGCGAGUGGGCAAUAAAACAGCACACAAGUGGUUCCAGUUAAGAGCUGUUUGCCUUGGAUGUGGCUUAACCCCAAUGAGAGGACAUGAUUUCAUUACUUUGCCUUAAUGUUGUGCCUGCAAUGUUGCUUUCAAAAGCACAGCACACUAUAACACGUAAUCUUUUUUUUUUUUUUUUUAAAUGUACCGGAAUGUUCAAACCCGCUGUGAUUCAUCUAAAAAAAAAAGAAAAAAGAUGAAUUAGUGCAAUUCUUCCAAGAGGUGACAAAUUUCAGAUUUCACCACCAAUUUCAGUUCUAGUACAUUAGCUUGGUAGUACCUAGCUAUCUUUAGUAGCGAGCUAUUUACUUAGCUAGAAACUAGCUAGUUUUAGUAGCUAGCUAUUUGCUAGCACCUCUCUGAUUGAAAGUUUAAUCACCACGAAAGGCUACGAAAGCCUCCGUUUUUUUUUCAUCAUUUUUUAAAAAUGAAUCCACGGCUCAGCCUUACUUCCGAAUACCAUAGCUUAGGUAUUACGUUGACACUAUGCUAGCUACGAACUAUGCUAACUUCAAAUAAAAAUGGCCGACUACCGCCCUGUUUGUUCUUUGUUGAUUCACAUGCACCCUGUCAUGCUGAACAGCCGUGCUGGAUUUCGUAAGAAUAAGACCGGCUGCUAUUAUUUUCUAACACUCCAGGGGGCGUAUUGUGGAAAAAAGUGCGCACGAGAGUCUCUGCGGACAGAAACAUCUGUCUAUAUUUAAUCAAGGCGAAUAAACAAGGAGUUUAAACAAGUCAUUCAUAAUUUAGAUUUGCAUACAUUGCAAGUGCGCCUUUUAAUCUUUGUAUUAAUAUGCGCCAGAGAUAUUGUAUAAAUAUGCAGCUUUAUGCAAAUGGCCGCUUGCUCGUCUUUCUGUUUGUAUUUAAUUUUGCUGCACAGCUGAAGAUCAUCACUCGGCCUACGAUUAAGUGUCGCGUAUGAAUAUUUCUCAAUUAAUAGCAAGCGCAUUAAAAAUGCAUCGGCACAGGGAGCAACAAAAAGGGGAAGGAACGACUUUGCAACUUUCAACUGUCGUGUGUGUUUUUCCAUCUCCUUUCCCUCCUCGACAUCGAGUCAGGCGGCAUACAAAAUGGGGGCCAGAUUCAUGCCGGGUGCGCCACGCCCUCUUGUUUGCCACGCAACAUCCCGCAUGGCGUCCUCCUGCCCGGCGCUUCUAAAUGAACACUUUUUUUGGGCCAAAAAGGAGCGCACUGGCGACACGCUUUGGCAAAGCAAGAACUCGCUUUAUAGUCAAGCUGGCAAAGGGUGUAACCUAGGAACCCAUCAUUUCCUAUUUUAUUGAAUGCAGCGUAAGCGUAGUAGGAAGUAUAGUGGCGGGUAAUUGUCUUGUUUGGUUGUUAUGUACUUUGAUUUGACUAUACAGAUACAGAUGUGACAUCAGUUAGCACCCGUGUUUUUAAUUUCCUAUUUAAUUGAAAGCAACGUCUGCGUCGUGGAAGCAACAAUGGUUUUUGUUGUUGUUUUGUUUGAGCAUUGAACUAUAUAAUCAAGUAGGAUAUUUACUAUUUUCAUGAAGAAGGUCAACUUGCGAAUAGCGAAAAAUCGGUGGAUAACUGACGGGGCCUAUAAAUGCUUUUUUUUUUAUUUAUACCGCAACAAUUAUUGAAAAACAAUGGAAUAAAGUAAGAUGCCAAUUUUAAUGAAAGAUGCCAUAAAACAAAAUAGUGGGGAUUUACUCCAUUUCAUGAAUGCAGCAUAAGCUGGCGGCCUGGCCGGAGCCCUCAAUAUUUGAUGGCGUGAACACGCCCCUGGUAGUCAUGAAUUAUGCUCGAGGACGAGAUGGUGAUGUCUCUUUAAGAAGUUCUGUAGAAACAAUCUCGCUCACACACACACACACACACACACACGAGUCAUCGGAUCUGCCAAUCACCCCGGCGGCUCCCUUUGAUGUCGGGGGUCCUCGUCUUGUCCUGCUCACUCUUGCAGGAGAACAUCAGUCCUCCAGGCGGCCGCGGGACGCCACGGAACAACUUUCCCUCUUAUUUUUCCGGACUCUUUAACGCCGCAGAUUUGACGUCUCUUUUCCGACUUUUUCUUGGUUUUGACUUUAUUGGACGCACUUCGAAAAGUGUCCCCGGACGUCGACAUGCCUCAGCAUGGGGGGGACGACCUGGGAGCCACCGACGAGAUGAUCGCCUUCAAAGACGAAGGUGAGCAGGAGGAGAAGGUCCACCAGGAGUGCGCCUUCACCGAACAAGACCUGGCAGACCUUAAGUCGUCGCUAGUCAACGAGUCCGAGAUCCACCAGCACAGCCCGGGCGGCGGCCCCGGUGGCGGCAACGGCGCCUCCUCGGCGGUGAGACGGGGGCAGCCGGCCGAACAGCAGAGGGGCUUCCCGGACAAACACAGGGAGCAGCUCGACGCCGCGUCCAAGCAGCAAGAUGGCGGUGUGUACAAGACGUCCGGGUACCCCGGGUACCCCUUCCUUAUGCUGCCCGACCCCUACCUACCUAAUGGCUCCGUGUCGCCAACGACCAACAAGGUGUCUGUGGUGCAGCAGUCCCACGCCAUGCACCCGCUCACGUCGCUGCUGCCCUACGGCAACGAGCACUUCGGUAGCAGCCCGCCGCACAUGCCGACCGACAUGAGUCAGAAGACGGGCGUUCACAGGCACCAAGCCCAGGACCUUUCAGGAUACUACCCUCUCCCUUCAGGCGGUGUCGGACAGAUCACGCCCUCCAUGGGCUGGCAGAAGCAGACGGCGUACCCCGCCGCUCUGUCAUCGUGCGGCUUCCGACAGUCCUUCCCUUCCAACCUUCCCACCGCCUCGUCCUACUCCAGGUACUGCAGCAGGUUCUCUCACUCGUUGAUGCUAGGCCCAUCAGGCAUGCACCCCACGGGAAUCCCGCACCCCGCCAUCGUGCCCCCUUCAGGCAAGCAGGAGCACGACCAUUACGACAGAGGCAUGUACGCGAAGCCGCACGUGGAGGCUAAGCGGGAGAAGGAACCCAAGAAGCCCGUCAUCAAGAAGCCGCUCAACGCCUUCAUGCUCUACAUGAAGGAAAUGAGGGCCAAAGUCAUUGCGGAGUGCACGCUCAAGGAGAGCGCCGCCAUCAACCAGAUACUCGGACGAAGGUGGCACGCGCUGACACGUGAGGAGCAGGCCAAGUACUACGAGCUGGCACGCAAGGAGAGACAACUUCACAUGCAGCUGUACCCCACCUGGUCUGCACGCGACAAUUACGAGGCGGCAGGUGAAAAGAGUAAAGCCGAUUGGGGAAAGAAAAAGAGGAGAAAAAGGGAGAAGCAGCAAGAUUCCAACACAGAUAACUGUCUGUGACUGUCCUUAGGAGGAAGAAAAAGUGCGUUCGCUACAUUCAAGGAGGAGGCUACGCGAGCCCAACUUGUUCACAUUUAAGUGCCGUAGACUCCACGCCGCCGCCCUCUCCCGCCACCCUCCCCCGCGGACCCCCCUUGCAACAACAACUACAUCAGCGCCCCUCUCGCCCCCCUUCUGCCACGGCCCUGGGCAAACGCAAGUUGUUGGCCACGUGACUCGCGUCGCUUGCUUUUCUGGGUGACUGAUAAAAAAAAAUCAAAAAAAAUCCGUACAGUAGGGAGUUGUCCUGUAGAAAAAAAACAAUACAUAAAAGGCCACACAAAUCGCAAGCCUAGUAGCACAAUUGCCAAAGUUGUUUUUCAGUCUUUUCAGAAAACGAGAAAACCCAUUCAGAAAAAUAGUAAACAAAUGAGUUCUGUUGCCUUUUGUUAACUUUAGCGGAUUAAAAGAGCUCAAUGACUGACAAUCUAAAAAUAAUUGCAAGCACAUUUGCAAGCCUUUUGUAUCGUGACAAUGAGUUGAAAAUAACUCGGGCGAAUAAUGCGAUUAGGCCAAUGAAAUAUUGUUUCAAAACAUUUUUUUUUACACUGCUAUUUUUGGGACACAGACAGAAAACUGAUUUUAUUUAACGCAUAGAUGUAAAACAGUUUCGUUGUUCCCAGGUAAUAAUGAUCAUAUAAAAUAUAAUCAGCAAACUUUCUCUUCCAUUUUUAUGUCUUGCUUCUGGUGAAAUUAAACAUUUUUUCACCAAAUAUCUAUUCAUAAAAUACACACAAACUCACAAAACGUUUUUUUUUUUGUAUUUGAAAAUAUCUGUUGUAUAAUUAAUGAUAAAUUAACUAAAUGUAUUUAUUUUGUGUUUCAAAUGAAAGGCAAAUUUCACAUUUUUUGUAUGUGCUAGUAUUCCAGUAUGUUUAGUUUAUCCAUUUGGAUGAAAAGAGCAUGCCCCUUUUUCAAACUUUUAAAAUCAAUGUGUGGGAUUAUGGCGCCCCCUAGUGUUUUGGUAUGCAUUUUACAACGUUUUGUCGCAGAGGCGGAUUGGCUGGUAGCCACAUGAGGAACAAAUGUUUUUAAAAGAAAUAGUGUCUAUGUGGACUUUUGUAGGCAUUCAGCUAUUCUUCCAUCUGAUUGCAUGUGAUCAAAUCUUUCAACUAUUUUAGGCACUUCACUCACUUUCAUAUUUUGCCUCUUUUAUCAUUUCUAAGGUCAGAAUGUUUUCUGGUGGCCAAACCUGAGAGGGAUUAUUUUUUCAAAUGCCUUUUUUUUCCCCUUUUUGUUUUGACUGAACAUUUUGUAAACGACCUCUUAAACCGACCAAGUGGGUAUUAUUAUAUUACAUGUUUUUUUUUUUUUAAAAAAAGUGUCGGAAAGUCCAUGUAGUUAAGUAAAAAAAAAACAAAAACUUUUUUAGUCAUGUCCGUACCAUAAGGCAAUAUUUUUAAGUGUUUUUGUUAUUGGUGCAUUCACAUGGCAAGUUCACUUCCCCGAUGUUGCUUUGAAAUGUCACACCAACAGACCCAAACGGUCUUUUUUUUAAAAAAAAAAAAACAUUUUAUCAAUUCUUGUUCUAUUGACGUAUUAAAAUUUGUUAUGUAUA